AGAGAGAUCAGUGUCUCCGAUGGAGUUUAAAGAGCUGUGAUGGGUUUUUGCAGUUGUUGGGCAAUGUUUGGAGUAUGACCCUGGGAGGGAUAGUCACUGCCUACUCUCUCUCUCUCUGAAUCCCGUGACUGUCACAAGCUGCAGAGUCUCUCUGCGCUGAAACCCAGCUCUCUCUCUUUCAGUGUGAGUCUGAGAGUGCAGGCAGUUCUCACAAACAUGCCUGAGGGUCUCAUCACUUCCAGGUCAAUCCAGAAUGUACACACUGGAAUAGACUUGGCAGUCCCAGAGUACCAGGAGAUCCAUGGCAAACUGAUGUCAGGCCAUGUGGAGUAUCAAAUUGUUGUUGUCACUCAAUUGGCCUCCUUCAAGUCUGCAAGGCACAAACCCAAAGAUGUUGUUCAGUUAGUGGUAUCCAAGAAGUACAGUGAGAUUGAUGAUUUGUAUCAAAAGCUGAUCACCCAGUAUCCAAAGGCAAAACUGCCCCCCAUGCCUAGAAAAGUUUUAUUCGUGGCAGACGCUGAUAUAAGGGAAAGAAGAGUGAUUUUUGAUGAAAUCUUCAGAUUCAUUGCGAAGGACACAACUCUCGCAUCGAGCCCUGAGUUGUUGGAGUUUUUAGGAGCAAAAACGAAAGACCUUGGUGAUUUGAAAUUUAAAACUCAAAAUUCUAUGGAUGAGGAACUGCAAGAAGACGGGGACGACUCUGGAGAUUUCUUCAAUCAAGAGACCUCUGAAGAUAUUGGUGUGCUGAGGUCAUCAAAAACUCUUAUGCCUGCUGUGGAGAAGACUGAAGAAAUUUCUGAUCCGCUGGGUGUUGUGAGCUACAGAUUGAAGAAAACUGAGGCCUCGAACCAGGAAACUAAACCGAACCUGACACUUUUUGAUGAGGAAGUGGAUGCUGAUGCUGGGCUUUUUGAACCAGUGAAAAGUUUCACCAACCCAGCCACAAAGAAAUCCUUUCUGAACGCUGCUGCUUUCAGAUUAUUUGAGGACCCAGACUUGGGAGGAAUUGUCCAAGCAGGUGACCCUUUAUUACUUCCAGCUGCUUUUGAUCUUCACGUUGGUGCUACAAAUGUCAACUUUGAUGAAAGCACUGAAGAACUAUUCAGGGUUGAAGAUGACUUGGAGAAGUUAUUGAAGCUAAGUUCCAGCAAUAAAGACAAGCCAACUGUGCCCGCCAAACCAACUGUGCCCGCCAAACCAACUGUGCCCGCCAAACCAACUGUGCCCGCCAAACCAACUGUGCCCGCUAAACCAACUGUGCCCAAAAAACCAGCGUUGUCCUCUGAAAUGAGGAGCAAUCCCGCAACAGAACACCGUUCCUUUAAAAACACGGCAGCUGACAUGGAUGAACUGGAUAUUCUGAAAUACAUUCAAGAGAAUGAGAAAUUGAAUAGUGACUCAUUUGAUCUCUUUUGAAAGGACUCUCCAGCAAUAUCUCACAAAUGCUUUAAGUAGUAACCUCCGUGACCUACCAGCAAUUCAUCGUACGGUCCAAUUGCACUCAUGGAUGGAAGAGACAAUUAAAAUAGCCACUUUCAUGUUUCUGAGGCAAAGAAGCAACAUAUUCAAGUUGCUGAAACUUCUGAAUUAGAAAAUUCCUGCCCAUAGUUAAGUGAAAAUUAAGAAAUUAAAUCAGUGAAAAUUAAUCAGAAAAUUAGCAGCAAGAUAGCUACAGUUUUUGAUUCUCUCCCAUCCAAGGUCAUGGUAGCCAGAUAAAUGCAUUGCCCUAUAUAUGUAGUGAGAAUCGGUUUAUCAGGAUUGUAAAUCUCAAAGAAGAAAACUGUGACAUACACCAAUGAUUCACGAACAAAAUAUUUGAACUAUCAGGUCAUGCCUUUCUUUCUUUGUCUUACAAGAAAGAAAUUCCUGGUGGCAUAUAGCCUUACAAAUUAAGGCCUUAUGGAAAUUCAAAAAUAAAGGCCUUGAAAAAUA